GUUCUUCAUUUCCGGGAGAAGCCCGUCUUGCCAAUAGCGGGUUGUGUGGCGGGGGAGUUCGCUGCUGCUUUCUGGUCCGGUGGCUCGCUCCGGGAAAGCCAGGCAUGAAGAUCACGAGGCAGAAACACGCCAAGAAGCAUCUUGGCUUCUUCCGCAACAAUUUUGGGGUCCGCGAGCCGUACCAGAUCCUGCUGGACGGCACCUUCUGUCAGGCGGCUUUGCGGGGCCGCAUCCAGCUGCGGGAGCAGCUGCCCCGCUACCUCAUGGGGGAGACUCAGCUGUGCACCACCAGGUGUGUGUUAAAAGAGUUGGAAACAUUGGGAAAGGACUUAUAUGGGGCAAAGCUGAUUGCACAAAAAUGCCAGGUUCGAAACUGUCCCCAUUUCAAGAAUUCAGUGAGUGGAUCAGAAUGUCUGCUUUCCAUGGUUGAAGAUGGGAAUCCUCACCAUUAUUUUGUGGCAACACAGGAUCAGAAUUUGUCUAUGAAAGUAAAGAAAAAGCCUGGAAUUCCUCUCAUGUUCAUUAUUCAGAACACUAUAGUCUUGGACAAACCUUCUCCAAAAACAAUUGCAUUUGCUAAAGCAGUAGAGUCAGGUCAGCUUGUCUCAGGGCAAGAGAAACAAAGUAUCAAGCAACUCAAAGAGGAACAGGGUUUAGUAAAAGACCCUGAACAGAGAAGAAAAAAAAAGCGCAGGAAAAUAAGUGGCCCUAAUCCUCUUAGCUGUUUGAAGAAAAAGAAAAAAACACAGGAUACAAACUCAUCUGCCUCUGAAAAGAAAAGGAAAAGAAAAAGAAUCCGAAACAGAUCUACCUCAAAAGUACUUUCCGAAAAGCAGAAUGCAGGAUAAUGAGUCCUUUGGAUACUUUUAAAGACAUGCAAAUAUGAAAAUGAAUUUCUUUUUGAAACUGUGGAAGUACUUAUGUUAAAAGACUAAACUUAUUUUUGUAAAUGAAUAUUGACCCACAAGCCUUUGUUUAAAAUUAUUUGUUAAAAAAAAAAAAAAACCAGAGUGGAUGGAUUUAGGUGUGAUCAUGUUCACUUUUCUUAGAGAAUUUGGAGGUUGUUUUUUAAUGUAAACUGUUGUCUCUUUCUGUCUUACUGCUGUCCCCCACCCUCCAACAUUAUAUGCAGAUAGUUUAAAAAAAUCGUAUAGUACCAAAACACUUGUGACAAAAAAGAGAUAAUCCCUUUUUCACAUUCACAGAGGAAACUUUCUCUUUCAACUCAUGUAGUGGUUGUAGAAUUUACCUGUAUAUUUCCAAAUAAUAUGAAUCUGCUGCUACCUUUGGAUCUGCCCAUUAUUUAUUGACUUCCUACUAGAAAGAGUAGAAGUUUUGCUUAUUUUACUCCACCAUUUUUCUAAUAUAUUAAUAUUUCAAUCUUUAUACAUCCCAAAUUCAGUAUUUUCAUUUUGAUGACUACAAACUCUGUUUACUACUAAACCAAGUAGCAUGCUAUGGUUGAAUUUGGUUUUUAUGUUACUUUUUUGUUAUUCUAGAAGUUAAUAAUGGCCUCAUUUUCUUCUAGCAUCUGACUUGAUCUUGCCAUAUUCUCCAGUAACUCUGGAAAGGAUCUCAUAAUUUUCAAUAUAAUAUCGGGUCAUUUCUUACCCCUGGAAUACUUCUGGAGCCAGCCCUCUGUCCUCCAAUGUGGAAAGGUUUUCUGCCAAGCAUGUUGCUCAGCUAUCACCCAGGCAUUUCCUGUCCUUAUCCAGAGAAUCUGCUUUGUCACUUCUGUAGCCUAGAUUCUUCAUUCUGCUCGUUCUUGAUUUCCUCUUCUGCUGUGGUGGAGCUUAGAGUGUGUAGGAGGUACAUUUUUUGAGGCUCAACCAGUGUGUCUAAACCUAUAUUUGUUUCACUGAUAAUCUAGCAAGAUAAAGAAUUCUUUGUUGAAAAAUCAUUUCUCUCAAUUUUUCUUGAGAACUUCUUAAUUUUUUAUAAGAUCCUAGGGGGGAAAAAACAUCCCUUUACUUUUUUUGAGUUCUGGAAGAUGAUUUUCUUUUAGAUGUAAAUGUUAUCUUAAAUGGCAAAAAUUCCAAAAUAAUACUCUUUCAGGUUGGCUUUAAAUGUUACUUUAAAAAUGUCUAAAGGGGGGGGCUUACCUGGUGGCACAGUGGUUAAGAAUCCACCUGCCAAUG